AGGGAUCACAGUGAAUGGCUCAUCGAUGUUCUUCUCCCACAAGCUGAAAUUUCAGCCAUUUGUCAGAAAAAGAACUGCAGCUCUCACGUAAGGAGGGCGGUGGUGACAUGCUUUUCUGCUGGCUGCUGCGGUCGUCACGGUAACCGACCGGUGCGUUACUGCAAACGCUGCCACUCCUACCACCAUAACCAAGAGGCGGGAGGAGCUUCGUCAUCGGAGACGCACCUAUUCCAGACGUCACCGCCUCCUAUCAACACCAGAGAGUGCGGCGCGGAGGAGCUGGUGUGCGCGGUAGAAGCUGUGAUAAGUUUACUGAAGGAGGCGGAGUAUCAUGCGGAGCAGAGGGAGUACGAGAUGAACCGACGCAGGCAGAUGGGCCUGGCCUCCUCGCAUCAUUCAUUGGACAACACCGACUUCGAUAACAAAGAUGACGAUAAACACGACCAGCGUCUGCUCAGCCAAUUCGGAAUCUGGUUCCUGGUGAGCCUGUGCACGCCGAGUGAGAACACUCCCACGGAGAGCCUAGCCCGGCUGGUCAGCAUGGUGUUCCAGUGGUUCCAUUCCACGGCUUACAUGAUGGACGAUGAGGUCGGCAGCCUCGUGGAGAAGCUCAAACCUCAGUUUGUCACCAAGUGGCUGAAGACGGUGUGCGACAUUCGCUUCGAUGUCAUGGUUAUGUGCCUGCUGCCCAAACCCAUGGAAUUUGCCAGGGUUGGCGGAUAUUGGGACAAGUCCUGCAGCACAGUCACCCAGCUGAAGGAAGGUCUGAACAGAAUUUUGUGCCUUAUCCCUUAUAACGUCAUAAACCAGCCGGUCUGGGAGUGUAUCAUGCCGGAGUGGCUGGAGGCCAUCAGGACGGAGGUCCCGGACCACCAGCUCAAGGAGUUCCGAGAGGUCCUCAGUAAAAUGUUUGAUAUCGAGUUGUGCCCGCUGCCCUUCUCCAUGGAAGAGAUGUUCGGCUUCAUCAGCUGCCGAUUCACCGGUUACCCAUCCUCCGUCCAGGAACAAGCUUUGCUCUGGCUACAUGUUUUGUCAGAACUGGACAUUGUGGUCCCUCUUCAGCUGUUGAUCAGCAUGUUCUCCGAUGGGGUGAACUCG